AUGAAAUUCGGGUUUCUGAUUCCAGCGCUUUUGGCCGCCAACGUGGCCCACGCUCUCCAUUUCUACAUGGAAACGGACGAAACAAAGUGUUUCUUUGAAGAACUGCCAAAAGAUACCAUCGCAGUGGGCAAGUACGAAGCUUAUGAAUGGAGUCCUAAAGACGACGAUUAUGUUCCCGUGGAUAACCUCAAAAUGGAGAUCACAGUGGACGAAACUUUUGACAACAACCACCGUGUUGUGUCCCAGAAGAACGCUCCGACCGGCCAAUUCACAUUCACCUCUUACGACUCUGGUGAACACAAAUUCUGCCUGACACCAAGACACUCCGACUGGUCGAAACGUGCCAAACACAGAGUUUACUUUGAUCUGGUUAUCGGAGACGCAAAACCACUUGUGGACUCCAAGAGAACCGGCGACAUCAACUAUUUGACCCAGAAAACCAACGAGUUGGUCAAGAAGCUCCAGGAGAUUCGCAGAGAGCAAAGCCUGUUCAGAGAAAGAGAAGCCGUGUUCAGAGACAUAUCCGAGUCUGUUAACUUCCGCACUGUGAAGUGGACUGUCAUCCAGGUCAUUGUCCUGGUCGCCACUUGCGCUUGGCAAUUGACGUACCUCAAGAGCUUCUUCGUCAAGCAAAAAGUCGUCUAG